CAUACAAGAACACCAGUAUUUUCCCAAGAAUAUGAUAAUUCUUUCGCUUCAGAUAUCCGGGGGAAAUCUUGCAGUUCUGGUUCUGCUCCUUCUUCACUUCACAGCUGCCCCAGUUCAGGAAACGACGCAUCGAUUUCGUCCAAGUUAUCAAAGAGAAUAGCCCGGUGGGCAUCACGGGCCAGCCCAAACUGGGUCUUCAUUUCCGCCAGCACGCUUGGCCCCUUCCCGGCUGCGGUCAGGGCGCAGAGCAUGUGCUCGAGUGCCAGGUGCUCGGCGCGGAACUUGGCCCUGAUGAGGGGGACGUGGGUAAGGCGCUCGUCGCAAAAGGUUACGCCCUUGCGGAAAUCCUUGCCAAGGUACUUUUGCUUAAAUUCUUCUUCAAAGCCGGACUGGAUGACCGAGUUUCGGGCCAUUUCCAUCAUGUCUGUCAUCGACAGAUCAAAGGUUGCCCGAGCAACAGAGUAUUCCUCGAGCAGGGGGUCGUCGGACAUGUGAAACAGCAGGGGAUCGUCCGUGGAAAGGGUGAUGUUCAGGCCACGACGAAACAAUUUUCCAACGGGACUCUCUCUGAUUUUUCGGAACAAAAAGUUGUUUGAAAGAGGCGACGAUGAUAUGCCGACCUGAUCGAGAUAGUAUAGGUACUGCAAGCUGACUUGCUGGUGCAGAUUAAUUCCGUGGGCAAUUGACUCGCUCAGCAUGUACGUACAGGCAAGAUUCAAUGGAUUUCCAGUCUCACCAGCAUGGGGUCGGAAGGCAAUCGUGUUCAGACCUCGCGCCUUUCUCAAUGAAUUUAGGACCUCCAGAUUUGCCCAUAAAAAGUACAGCUGCCACCAGUACGAAGGAUUACCCGGCGAAGUCCACUCAUGCGGACGUUGACAGCCACAAGCCGCCUUUGAAGAGAAUAGGGGAAGGAAGCACGCAGGAAAGAGCAAAGGAAACAAUUAUGAGCACAUUGAAUACUAUGAGCCAAGAAAUCCAACGACAAAAUGCAGCCAUCGCUUGCCAGCAUUCCGUGAACCAUGUUUGCACGACACGCACCUCGGGUGCACCCUCGUCAUCUACCGAGUCAAUUCCCACAAUGUGCGUCAGCGCCUCGGCCAGCUUGGGUUUCCGCUCCGGGUGCAGCGUCGCCUCGAACAUUGGAGCGAAAAUGUUCUCAAGCAUUUCGUUGAAUCCCGUGGUGGCGUCUUUUCCCGGUUUCGAGCGGUAGAUACGCCAGAGCCGAGGGAUCUGGAUCAUCCAGCGGUUGCACUCAGAGACCAAAGGCCCAGGAAAGUCACCCCCCUUCCAGUCCCGGAGCAUCCACUCGGCGAGGUCGUCCCACUCGCGUCGUUCCAUUCCGUAGAUGCUCAAGCGCAACUCCAUUCCAGAGGCAUGUCCCUUGGAUUCCUCUCUACGAUUCAGGACGAUUUUUAGUAGCUCCGCAAAAUAUCGCCCUCCAAUGUGGUUAUUGGACUUCAGGAAGAUCCGUCGCAUGUCUGCCAUUCGAAAUGGGCUGUACUUCGCAUUGAAAUUGUCGAAUCUCUGAUAGACGGAAUAAUCGGCGAGGACAUUGAAGGCAUCGAUCGUAAGGUGGUCUUUGUCAAGACCCGCCUGUUCAAAGACCUGUCCAAGGGUCCUUCCGUCGCUGGAAACCACCGUGUCGGACUCUGUCUGCAGCUUGUUCAUCACAAAGUUCACGAAUUGCUUGGCCGUCGGUGCCCCGGCAGCGUGUAUGUGAUUGUCGAUUUUCAGUGUCCGAAAGAAAUCUGUCCCCAACAAAUUACCCUGUUCGUGCGCUUCCAUCGAAGCGUUCAUGACCGUAUGGCUCCGAAAGGCGGAUGACAGGAGCUGCAAGCGCUGGAAGCAAUAGGAUCUCAUGAAACCCUCGUUUACCAUCUUAGUCAUGUCUCGGUAGUCUCGUUCGAAGUCCUCGAUGGUCGGCACGACGCACAAAUUAUUGGUCUUCUCCAUAUCUUCUGAGUGAUAAAUUUCCAUGACACCAUCACUGCCCAUUCUAUAAGAGAGCGCACUUUGAUCGUUGCUUUUAGCAUCCAUCAAAAUCUCGCUCUGGACGAUGGAACUGUGACUCCCGAAAUACUUUUUCCGAUAGCUUCGGCAUUUCUCAAUGUUUUUGCAUGCCUUGACAUUUUCCACCGUUACGGCUCCAGCACCGUAAAACAUAAGCGACCGCGAAAAGGACAGAUUUUCCUACAGUCAGAAAGAGUAUUGAGCGAAGUGCAAUGAUAAUACAAAGUAAGUGACUUGUUUUCCGGAACAAAUGUUUGCGUGUCUUGCAUGACCGAUUCGACCGAUCCAGAAAGAAAUCUAGUUUUGGUAUUACUCACCCUGUAGGGCCAGUCGUGGCCGGGUGGGGGACGUUCCCGGGCUGGGGCCUCCUGGUUUCGACGGGGCGACGGGGGACAAGUAACGCCACUGCACGGCUUUCGACUGUCGCCACCGUCUUCGAUGUCUGCCAGGCUCGAAUCGACAAUGCCGACAUUGGCGUCCGACGCCUGGCGGAAAAAUGCAAUGGGAUCGGGGGGUCCGUUGUUCAAAUAGGUGU